AUGGACGAUGGCCAUCAACAUCCCGAGCGCGAGCAUCCUGAUCCUGAACAUAUCAGGAACAUGAUCAAUGAGUUAGAACCUCUCGUUCUUGAAAUGCUUGGUGAACAACAGCAUAUACUAGCAGGCCAAUUGUCCUCGGGGCAAAUACAGUCCCUUCUGGACAAACUGCCCCAGAUCGACGAGGAAAGGCUCGUCGAACUAGGAGAGAAAGACUCUACCUGUCCCAUCUGCUUCACCCCUUACCUCGCCAUAAUCGCAGAGGAAGAGCUCGCCCUGGCUAUGGACUCCCCCGCCCGUCCGAUCGAGGAACUUGGAGUUACCAAGCUCUCUCAGCCAUGGCAGUGCAACCAUAUGUUCUGCAAACGAGACAUCUCAAAGUGGAUCAUUGGUGGGCACGACUCGUGCCCUCUCUGUCGACGACUUCUCAUUGAGAAACGAGAACAUCCUUCUCAGGAGGAAGAGCUGGCUUCCAGCGAGGAGAGCGAACCUCGAAGCCAGGCAAGACCCGCACCCGAGCCUAACGAGCGGCGCGCUGGUACCCUGAACAUCAAUGGCUUCGAGUUCACCACCAUUCAACUUGGACCGAUUGGACUAUCCAACCGGUCGAGGAACGACGACGACAACGACGACCGUCGGGAAUACGCAGGGAUGUACUCGUAA